AUGGCGACAGAUAUGUUCAUGAAGCUAAAUCCAAUCUCCAUAGACCUCCGAGAAUUUUCCGGUCUAAGUCCUAAAAGCAUCUCUUCUUUGUGUUGCAUUAGCCCAAGAUUGAUAUCUCGCAGCCAUUUCAUCAACCCUAGGACAUUGAUCUCCGGUGAGAAUAAUGAUAACAUAUUGUUUCCCAAGAAGAAGAUCCCCAUGAUGGUCCGAUGUCAGACAAGUCUUGGGAUCGGAAGGAACCAAAAAUGGUGGGAGAAGGAACUUAAACCGAACAUGAAGUCAGUGACAUCACCGGAAGAUCUUGUCGGCUCUUUACUUAAUGCCGGUGAUAAACUUGUCGUGGUAGAUUUCUUCUCUCCCGGUUGUGGUGGUUGCAAAGCUCUUCAUCCCAAGAUAUGUAAAAUUGCAGAGAAGAAUCCGGAUGUGGAGUUUCUACAAGUGAAUUAUGAAGAACAAAGAAUUUUAUGUCAAAGUCUUCACGUUCAUGUUCUUCCCUUCUUUCGCUUCUACCGCGGCUCCUCAGGCCGCGUUUGCAGUUUCAGUUGUACUAAUGCCACGAUAAAGAAAUUCAAAGAGGCAUUGGAGAAGCAUGGGAGGGAGCAAUGUAGCAUUGGAAAGACAAAGGGACUCGAGGAGAAAGAAUUAGUCGCCAUGGCCGCGAAUAAAGACCUAUCUUUCGAUUAUAAACCCAAAUCGAGUGAAAUCCGAGAGACUAAAGAAAAAACUAUAUUUCCCCAAAAAACUACGACCUCAAAAGAAAAAGAUGAAGAAGGUUCUGUACUAAUUAGCCAUGCAGGAAUUGUCUAG